AUGAAUUCGGCGAUAAUGCAAGGCGCCGCGAUGGCGACGUCGCACGGCAUCGCGCGCCUCAAUCGCCAUCACGCCGCUCGUCCGCAAUUCCACAUCGCCAAUCCGAAUCGGUUGUUCUAUCAGCUGCAGCAGGCGAGCACAAGCGUCGACAAUGACAAGCGCUUCGGCUCGUCGAUGGAAAUUGAAGAUUUCGAGCCAAUCGAUUUGACGCAACGAUCGACAAAACUUCAAAUCUAUCGUGGCGAUAAUGAAAUCACUGAGCAGUUUGUGAAGCUCAACGUUGGCGGCCAACGAUUCAUGCUCAGAAAGGAGACGAUAAGAAAGCGCGGAGUUGGCCGAUUGUUGGAUCUCGUGAAUAAAAGUGUAAGCGAAUCGAACGCCGACGCCUACUUUAGCAAAUCAAACGAGUUCUAUUUCGAGCGACCGCCGUCGCUAUUCCAUAUCGUCUAUCAAUUCUAUUUGAAUGGCAUCAUUCAUCAACCAUCAAAUUUGUGUCCGAUGGACAUCAUCGAAGAGCUCGAGUAUUGGCAAAUCAUUCCCGACGACUUUCUGGCGCCGUGCUGUUGCGCACAGCCGCACGAGGCCGACGACGACGAGGAAGUGGAGCGCGAGAAGCCGAAUCUGUUCAAAUCGGUGCGAUUCGGCGAGAUUCGCCGAAGCGUUUGGAAUGUCAUCGAGGAGCCGGCGAGCUCCAACAAAGCCCAACUAUUCGCGAUUUUGUCGAUAUUCUUCGUGUUGGUCUCGAUUUCCGGCCUCGUUCUCGGCAGUUUGCCGGAUUUGCAAAUCAAGACAGAGCUUGGCGAAAUGGAGCCGAUGCCCAUAUUGGGCUACAUUGAAUAUGUGUGCAUCGUCUGGUUCACAAUUGAAUACGGUCUCAAAAUGUUGGUGUCGGCCGAGCGCGGGAAGACCUUCCGCAAACUGUUGAACAUCAUCGAUCUUCUCGCAAUUAUCCCAUUUUUGAUUGAGAUGCUCCUAUUGCUGUUCGGCAUCUCCACCGAGCAGUUGAGAGAUUUAAAGGGCGCAUUCCUUGUGAUUCGAAUUCUCCGAGUGCUACGGGUGAUACGCGUCCUCAAACUCGGUCGCUAUUCGAGCGGACUUCAAAUGUUUGGAAAAACGCUCAAAGCCUCGUUCCGCCAAUUGGGAAUGAUGGCGAUGGUGGUGAUGACCGGCGUCAUCUUCUUCUCGACACUUGUCUAUUUUCUCGAGAAAGAUGAGCCGGCUUCCAAGUUCCAUUCGAUUCCAGCAGCGUGUUGGUGGUGCAUUGUGACGAUGACGACUGUCGGCUACGGCGACCUCACCCCAGUUACAGUUCCUGGAAAACUUGUCGCGACCGGAGCCAUUGCUUGCGGCGUACUUGUGCUCGCCCUACCGAUCACAAUCAUUGUCGACAAUUUCAUGAAUGUCGCCGAAAGCGAGCGUCCGGCGGGUGGCAAUCGCUAUCGAACGACGACGGCCGCCUAUCAAACUCAACUCAAUGCCAUUUCGCAAUUGGAGCCGCUCGCCGAGAAGCUCGAAAUCGCUUGA